GAGUCAGUAUGAUGGUGAUCCUGCUGAACUGUGUAACGCUGGGGAUGUACCAGCCCUGCGAGAACAUCGACUGCUCCUCCAAACGCUGCCAGAUCCUGCAGGCCUUCGAUGCAUUCAUCUACAUCUUCUUUGCGCUGGAGAUGGUGGUGAAGAUAGUGGCUCUGGGGAUCUUCGGCCAGCGCUGUUAUCUGGGAGACACCUGGAACAGACUGGACUUCUUCAUCGUGAUGUUCAGGGUGGUGGAGUAUUCUCUGGACCUGCAGAACAUCAACCUGACGGCCAUCCGGACGGUGAGAGUCCUGCGGCCGCUCAAAGCCAUCAACAGAGUCCCCAGUGAGUCUGAUCUCUGCUCAUUUCUGCUGUGUGGAAUCAAACCUGACUCUGUUUCUGAUUGUGAGUGAUUCUUCAGUGCUGAAUCAUAAAGGGUUCAUGGACAGGAGACGCAAACACUCCUGAGGAUCUGCUGAGAAACCAUUAGCUGAUGAGACACGAUAGCUUUAACACCUACAGAGACGUUACUGAGGAUGAACCUGAUGAAAGCAGGAGAAAAUUACAUGAACAACCCAGAGACAAACAACACUCUUCCAUUAUAAGGGUCAGACAAAAAACGAGGAUAUUCCAUUCUGUGGAUUUAUCAGGGUUUCUGUGGGUCUUAAAAAGUAUUAAUCUGCAUUUUCAUAAAUUAAGGCCUUAAACGCUCUUAUAUCAGAGCAGAAAGUCUUACAUUCAUAAAGUCAUGGCAUUAAA